AGUAUGUUGUAUAGCUCUGCCUAGGGACUGUCUGCAAGGAAUAAAACCGUUCUAAAACUGUGUUUUGGUGAUAUAAAGUACGAUGUCCCAACAUGGGUACAUGGACAGCAUGAUUCAAGAACCAGAAUUUGAAUCAGAAGGCUCAAAGAUGGCGCUGUGGGCCAAAACCCAACAGCUGCAGGGCGACGCCCUCCGCCAGAUAAAGGAGGUGUACGGAUCCAGGUUUCCAAUCGAAGUUCGGCACUAUUUCGCACAGUGGAUUGAGCAACAGCCUUGGCAAGAGAUAGAUGAAGAUAACCCACAGCAUGAAGGCCUUGCCAAGCAGCUUUUUGACGGCAUCGUAAACCACUUACAAAAUAAAUCUGAGGAACUGAACAGUGACGACAUGUUUUUAGUCAAAUUGAAGUUUCAGGAGGUUGCUACUUCUUUCAAGGAAUUGUAUGGCAGUAAUCCGCUGAACCUUGUUCGGGUUGUCAAGAACGGUUUGGCAACGGAAACGCGGCUUGUCCAACAGGCUGAGCAGGCGCAGACACAGAACCUCGUCCACGGAGCGCAGCCAGAAAAACACCGAGUCCUACAGCAGCAAUUUGACUUUCUUCAACGAAAAACACAGGAAACCGAACUUGACCUCCGGCAGUUACAACAUAAGCAGGAAUCCUUCAUCAUUCAGUACCAGGACAGUGCAAAAAUUAAUGCUCAGAUAGCACAGCUUGCUAACCAACCAAAUGGGCAGACGAAGGUUGAAUACGAAGAGAAACUGAAGAAACAGAAAAGUAUGGUGGAAUUACAACUCACCCAUAAAGCACAGGAGAUUCUCGAGGCGAGAUUAGCUCUAGCAGAGAAGCAUCUGACAACGUUUCAGUAUCUGAGCACAGUGCAGACGCGUGUCUUAGAGGAAGAGUUGAUUGACUGGAAACGGAAGCAGCAGUUGGCAGGAAAUGGCGGCGACAUGGACGGAGCCGUUUCACUGGAAAUGCUGCAACAAUGGUGCGAGACACUGGCCGAUCUCAUCUGUAUUAACCGGCAACAAGUGAAGAAGGUGGAAUUAUUGCGUACGCAGCUACCAAUCGAUGUACCAUUGGACCGAGAGGAUCUCCUGCCCCGACUCUUCACAACCAUUACUGGCCUGCUAUCUUCUCUGGUCACCAGCACGUUUAUAAUCGAGAAACAACCACCGCAGGUUUUGAAAAAGGAUUCGCGGUUUAUGGCAUCAGUCCGGCUUCUUGUCGGAGGCAAAUUGAACGUUCACAUGAAUCCACCUCAGGUUAGGGCAUCAAUUAUUAGCGAGGCACAGGCGCGAGGUCUGCUGAGGAGUGAGAAAAGUCCAAAGACUGAGAACAGCGGCGAGAUCCUGAACAAUGUUGGUACGAUGGAGUAUCAUCAAGCUACUGGACAGCUUAGUGUAACGUUUAGAAAUAUGCAAUUAAAGCGAAUCAAAAGAGCAGACAGAAAAGGUACCGAGGCCGUGACAGAAGAGAAGUUCUCCAUCCUCUUUCAGUCCCAGUUCAGUGUUGGUGCUGGAGAAUUAGUGUUCCAAGUCUGGACCUUAUCACUGCCUGUCGUAGUGACAGUUCAUGGGAACCAGGAAUGUAAUGCCUUGGCCACUGUUUUAUGGGAUAAUGCAUUUGCAGAACCGGGCCGUCAACCGUUCUAUGUGCCAGAGAAAGUUCCUUGGCCGCUUUUAGCUGAAGCGUUGAAUUGUCGAUUCAGGUCUGCUGUCGGAUCUGGACUCUCCAUAGAAAACACUGUUUAUUUGGCGCAGAAACUUUUUGGUUCAAAUCAAGAAGAUUUCUCGAACCAGUCUGUGAGUUGGUCUCAGUUUAAUAAAGAGCAGCUUUCUGGAAGGAAUUUCUCAUUCUGGGAAUGGUUCUACGCCAUACUUAAACUGACCAAGGAGCAUCUUCGGAGCCACUGGAAUGAUCGUGCAAUCCUAGGUUUCGUUGGUAAAGGCCUUGCACAGGAUGUGUUAAUUAGGCAGCCAAAGGGCACGUUCCUGCUGCGAUUCAGCGACUCUGAGGUUGGUGGCGUCACAAUUGCUUGGGUGGCAGAUGAUCCGGCAAAGCCAGGUGAACCUCAAGUUUGGAACUUGGCACCAUAUACAGCUAAGGAUUUCACGAUGCGUAGUCUGGCUGAUAGGAUAAAGGAUCUCACUAACCUUGUAUGGUUAUACCCAGAGCGACCCAAGGAAACCGUUUUUGGCAAAUACUGGACAACAGGCCCAGAGGGCAAAAGCAAGUCCAAGCAUGGCGGUUACGUCGGUUCAGUACUUAAAGACACUAUACCUGAGUUAAUGGAACGGCCCGCGGCACCAAUGGCAUGCUACGAUCAGGCGCAGUCACCUCUCAACAUCCAACCGCUAUCGCCCGCCAGCAGUACGAUGUCACAGUCGCAGUAUGAUCCCUCGUGUAUGGGUGCAGGACAUGGGGUUGUUGACAUGGAUGAUGACAUCGACACCAUCCUUAAUGGAAUGGAUUACGGAGCAGACGAUAUCAGCUCGAUCAACGUCAACGCUCUCCUGGAGAACUUCAACCGGCCAUGAACGCUUUUCAUAGGAUAUUCAGCCACCCAGAGCCCUGAAAUAUAACAAAAAAAACCGUCAUCACAAAGUUACCUGCAGUGGUCUCUGGGGUAGACUUUUCAGCUUGCCAUACAGAUAUUUGACUGUUUAAAUUGAAGGUUAACCUCGAAAUAGAUUUGUGGGUGAAACAAACUCUAAAUUGUUUACGAAGAUAUUGUGCGAAGAUGAAUAAGUUAUGUGGCGUUGCAUCUUUUGGGACGAUGAUUUUAUGAUGUGGUUGUAUCCAUAGCCAGGCUUUGUUGAUUCUUAUCAUGAAGUUCUUCGGCAUUGAUCAGUUGUUAGUUUUUAAAGGGAAUUUCCCCUCAAGUGCAAUUUUGGUGUUGUUUUCAUCGUCGGGUGUAUAAAUAAAAAAAUUGAAAAGCUGUUUGCAUGAUUAUCAUAAAAAAUGUUUUAAGUGAGAUGUCUAAAUUUUAUUGAAUCUAAUUCACCACCAUUUCUUUUCUUAGUAUUCUUUUGCAUCCUACCUUGCCUGAUCUAAUCAAGUGUAAAAGAUUACCCCCAGGGGCCCAUUAACUUAUGCUGAGAGAAAAGAUGAAAGUUUUCAUUUGAGGGGAAAUCACUGAGAUCUCUGAAAUCUAUACAGGUAUGUUGGAAAAAUAGAGAAACUUGAAGACAGUGAGAACCAUCUUGAAAACUUUCACCUUUUUCCGCAGACUAAUUUGGGCCCUUUGAUUCUGUCAAGCUGAAAUGUAUCUAAUGUAAAUUUGUAUACAUUCUCACCAUUUUAUAAGUAACUUGUAGAUUUGUACUAUCUUAUUCUUAGACUUCUAUGUUUAAAUGAAACUAUUUCCCUUCAUACAUGUACUUUUUAUUUGUCUUCUAUUACCGUACUAUGAUGCAAAGUCAUGAGAGCUUGAAGUAAUAUUUUGAACGAUGGGCUGCCUGAUGUGGGUUUUUGUUAGGUCACAAGACUAAUUUUGAUAAUAUGCUGGAUUUACAAUGUAGCUCCAGUUGUUGAGUUUUUGAUGUUGUGCCGGUAUACGUGAGUUGUUUUGUAGUCUGGGGAUAUCUUGAUUGUGUUCAGCAUGUCUUACUGCUUAUUUCUAUAGUUGGUAAAUAUGGCCUGAAAUGCUUGAUUUUGGCUUGGGUUUUCCUGCAGGUUUCAAGUCCUCUGAAAAGGAUACACAGUAAAGCCUCCCUAUUAAGGUCACCCCAGGGAUUGUCAAGUACUGUCUUCAAUAGAAGAGAGGUUAAGAGGUCAAAUUGGAUGGAAAGUGCCAAUUUAGAACAAAAUCCAGUGUCAAUAAAAGUGAGGGUUUCCUUAACAGGCAGGGAUUCCAGGAAACAUAGUACAUGUAUGAAAUAUUUAUAUUAUCAAACUGUGCUUGAAUAUCGGGAUGCAUUUUAAGAUUUGUCAUUUUUCUUUCAGACUGCAAAAUGACUUUGUAACACCCCAAAGUGUUGUAUGUUUAUGAUAGAUACAUAUUUACUUUAUAAGGCAGACUGUGUUAUGCCAUUGAAUGUUGUUGUGUUCUCGUGCAAGUAUCUUUACUACUGCUGCUAAGCUGUUUUUGCACAUUGUAAGUUAGUUGCUAAAAACUAUCAGGGACUAUCUUGUGCCAUUGUCAAUUAUAUGCCGAGUAACAUGGGAGUAAUUCAGCCAAGAGUGACUUGCUAAAGGUUUUCAAAGUGGUCAGUUAUAUACCGAAUUCUGCUUCUUCAGUGAUUGUUUUCUCCAAAGGAGCGUGGUGUUGAAUAUGCACACACAGUGUACAUUUCUGUAUUAAAAGAGCAAAAUAUGGUAAUGAAAAAUACUUAAUAUUCAUUGAAAAGAACGUAAAUAUACCCCAGAUAAUCUGCUCUCUCUUCAAAAACUGUUUCUUUUAAUAUUUUUGUAUAAAAUGUAUGUUGUAUAAUAAGUGUAGAUAGUUAGAUGUAGCUAAAUCAUUGUUUGCUUUAACCAAGAAAGGAUGGAUAUUGGUGGUAUUAUGACUGACUAUUGGCAUCACUUGGUGUAAGACUAGAGAAAGGAAAUGGGUCUAGUUAAACCACAAGUUAACUUGUACCCUUCAGCAAAGACGUGUAUUAUUCGCUUAGUGUCCCUGAAAAUAAAUAUCAACAGUUUGAUAAGAUAAGAAUCUCUACGUGAUUGUCCUGUGGCUUAGUAUUAAUAUAUAAAUAGUACAGUGACACUAUACAGUGUGUUCCAAAAAAUUUUGAUUGUUUGAUUUCCCUCUCAUAAAUUCAGAUGUGAAAAACACAUACUAUAGAUCCAUGCACUUGAUUGGGAACAACGUUUACAUAAUGUGGUGUUGAUCGUCGUCACGUCACCAUGCAGUUUUACAUCAGUGUAACGUGACGUGACGCGAAGUCUUCGUAAACGUUAUUCCCAAUCAAGUGCAUCGAUCUAUUGUUAAUAGUAACUUGACGUCGACAUCAUUACCAGCCAUUAGUUUAUUAGAGUCUUGCUUGCACAUUCUAUAAGUGAUAUUAAUUUCCAUCCUUUGAGGGUUAAUACAGGGCAUUUGACCCCUUGCUAUCAUUAAUGUAUACACAUACCUUAUCAUGUACAAGUUCAUAUCAAAACUGUCAUGUAUAGCCAGUAUCAGUAAAAUCAUAGUGUAUUUUAAACCUCA